GUGUUUAUUGCCCUACUUCCUUUAUCGCCAGUCCUAGUAUUAAUCAUUGCCAUUGGUCAAUCCCGGUAGCACCACGGGUGUGACGUGAGUGUAUGUAUUCCGGAGAUACAUGUUUACCUCUACCAGUUGACUAACGGACUCAGAAGAACCAAGAAGGUUAAAUCCUUGGAAGAACCGACAUCAUGGCCCCGUCGAAAGAAGAAGACAAGAUCAAGAUGCAGGCUGAUGUGCCGUGUGCCUUCCCGCCGUUUGACCCCGACAGGGACGGAUUCGAACCCGGGACCUUUCCAUCCGGAUUCAUGUGGGGAGUGGCGUCUUCCGCGUAUCAGAUAGAAGGCGGUUGGAACGAGGAUGGCAAAGGUCCGUCCAUCAUGGACGUGCAUUUCCAGAAAGGAGCGGCCUGGUCUGGUCACACUGGGGACGUGACGUGUGACAGUUAUCACAAGUACCGUGAAGACGUCCGCAUCCUGUCGGAGCUGGGCGUCUCCCACUACCGCUUCUCUCUCUCCUGGCCCCGCAUCUUCCCGGACGGCACCAGGGACUCCCUCAACCCCGACGGUGUCCGCUACUACAACAGCCUCAUCGACGAGCUGCUGGCGCACGGCAUCGUCCCGUUCGUCACCCUGUACCACUGGGACAUGCCACUGGCGGUGGAGGAGAAACACGGCGGCUGGCUGGCGGAGGACAUCGUCGAACUGUUCAACGACUACGCGCGGUUCUGUUUCUCGGAGUUCGGGGAUCGCGUCAAGCACUGGGUGACGUUUAACGAGCCGUGGUCGCACAUCGUGGUCGGCAGCAUGGUGGGGAUGUUGCCGCGGGUCAGGGAGAGGGGCAGGGAGGGGAUGUACGCGAGCGCGCACACCAUGAUCAAAGCUCACGGCAAGGCGUGGCACACCUACGACAAGGAGUUCAGGGCGAAGCAGGGAGGCAAGCUCGGCAUCACUCUGAGCUGUACGUGGGCAGAGCCGAAGAACCCGGAGUGCGCCGACGACUUGGCCGCAGCAGAGCGGUUCCUGCAGUUCCACAUGGGCUGGUUCGCGCACCCCAUCUUCCUCAACGGCGACUACCCCGAAGUCAUGAAGGAGUACAUCGGGAAGAGGAGCGCAGAGGAAGGGCUGGCAAAGUCUCGGCUUCCCGAAUUCACAGCCGAGGAGAAGGCCAUGCUGAAAGGCACCGCGGACUUCCUGGGACUGAACUACUACACCGCGCGGCUGACGUCCGCCCUCUCGGGGGAGGGCUUGGACAAGCCCGACCUGCUGGACGAGGAGGACGGUGACGUUCACGUGGGGACCCACCCCGACUGGCCUGCACCGGGUAUCUUCUUCAUCAGCGUUGUGCCGUGGGGCUUCAGAAAGGUGUUGAACUACAUGAAGAACCGGUUCCAGGUGCCUCUGAUCUUCGUGACUGAGAACGGGUAUCACGAGGAACACAUGGCGGAGGGGGGGCAGUACGACAUGAAGGACACCAGGAGGAGCUGCUACCACGCCGCGCACAUCAACGAGCUCAGGAAAGCGAUGGUACAUGACGGAGUGAAUGUGCAGGGUUACACGGUGUGGUGUCUGAUGGAUAACCUGGAGUGGGAGUCAGGCUUCUCCCAGCGGAUGGGCCUGUACUACGUGGACUUCAACGACCCCGACAGGAAAAGGAACAUGGCUUCCUUACAAGUGUCCGAAGUGCCUUGUGCUUUUCCUCCCUUUGACGAGGACAGGGACGGUUUCAGCCCAGGUGUGUUCCCGCCGGGAUUUCUGUGGGGCGCUGCCUCGGCUGCCUUUCAGAUAGAAGGAGCAUACAAUGAUGAAGGCAAAGGUCCGUCCAUACUGGAUCCGUGGUUAAACUACACAAAAGCAGCCUCGGACGGUACCACGGCAAAAGUGACAUGUGACAGUUACCAUAGGUAUCGUGAAGACGUACGCAUCCUGUCGGAGCUGGGCGCCUCCCACUACCGCUUCUCUAUCUCCUGGCCCCGCCUCUUCCCGGACGGCACCAGGGACUCCCUCAACCCCGACGGUGUCCGCUACUACAACAGCCUCAUCAACGAGCUGGUGGCGCACGGCAUCGUCCCGUUCGUCACCCUGUACCACUGGGACAUGCCACUGGCUCUCAUGGAGAAGUAUCGGGGCUGGCUGGACGAAGCGUUGGUGGAACUGUUUGGCGACUACGCGCGGUUCUGUUUCUCGGAGUUCGGGGACCGCGUCAAGCACUGGGCGACGUUUAACGAGCCGUGGUCGGAGAUUGCGUACGGAAGUAAGGGCAUACUGGCGGACACUGUCGGGAAGGAGGGGAAGCGAGGCGUGUACGCCGCCGCCAGGACCGUGCUGAAGGCUCACGCGACGGCGUGGCACAUCUACGACAGGGAGUUCCGGGCGAAACAAGAUGGAAAGGUUGGUCUGGCUCUGGGCUGCACCUGGGGCGAACCCAGGGACCCACACAGCGCCGAUGACGUCGCCGCAGCGGAACGUUUCUUCGACUUCAACGUCGGCUGGUUCGCGCAUCCCUUGUUCGUCAACGGCGACUACCCCGACACCAUGAAGGAAUACGUCAUGAAAAGGAGCUUGGCAGACGGACUGACCACGUCGGAUCUUCCCGAGUUUUCCGCAGAAGAGAAGGCGCUACUGAAGGGCUCCGCCGACUUCCUCGGGAUGAACUACUACACCGCACGUCUGGUGUCCGCCCGGGCGGAGGGAGACGCCGCCAAGCCCGACCUGUUGGAAGAAGACGACGCGGACGUGCACGUGGAGAUGAACCCAGACUGGCCUGUAGCGGGGCUGCCGUUCAUCAGCAUCGUGCCAUGGGCAUUGCGGAAGGCUCUAAGCUGUGUGACUGACCGUUAUCGGGUGCCGCUGAUAUUCGUGACGGAGAACGGACUGCACGAGCAGCACCAAGGAGAGGGGCAGUACGACAUGAAGGACACCAGGAGGAGCUGCUAUCACGCCGCACACAUCAACGAGCUCAGGAAAGCCAUUUUGCAGGACGGUGUGAAUGUCCAGGGUUACACGGUCUGGUGCCUGAUGGACAACUUUGAGUGGAACUACGGCCACACCCAGAAGAUGGGACUGUACUACGUCGACUUUACAGACCCCGAGAGGAAGAGGGUACCCAAAGAGUCGGCCGGAUUCUACCGUGACGUCAUCAAGCACAACGGGUUCCCGGAUGGAGCGUCCCAUACCAGGAUGGUGCAGGGCUGGUGGGAGAAACGGGCCAGACAAACCGCGGGGGCCACGGAGAAAUGAGCAUCGUCCAGAGUAGACCGACCCCAUAGUGUCGAACAGCGUCAAAUGGUAGAAAUGUGUAACAAUAACACGAAAGACUAGGCGCAGUCUGUCUUAUUACGUCAGAUAAUGUAGAUGGCGAACUAAGCAAGUCAAAUGAAAAGGGAGAAACAAUCAUGCAUUUUUUACCUUUUAACUUCCAGGGUAUAUACGUACUACUAACCCCAUAGCGCCGAACACCGUCAAAACGGAGAAAUGUGCAACAAUAACAAGAAGAAAGGUGUUGUCUCCCUUAUUUUGAUGGACUUAAUUAUAGAUACACAUUUAUACCUCAGAUAUAUGGCGAACUAAUCAUAUAUAAGCUUCAUUUCAAUACAAAAGGAAAGGGAGAAAGCAUACGUUUUUUUAACCUUUUAACGUAUUUACACCAGACAAAGUAC